AGCCUGAACAGCACGCAGGGGGAGAUCAGAGUGGGAUCAAGUCAUCAGGUAAUAGUCCAACAACCCCCUUUAAGCAAGAUGUCACUCUGUCUACUCUGUAUUGCCCAUAUGAGACCUUACCAGAUAGCAGUACCGGUUUGUCUUCGACAGUCUCUAGCAAAAUCUCUGAGAUACUUGAUUCAUACAGUGUGUCAUCAUAAACUAUCUCACUGUCAUAACCUGUCAUAAAUUUGCCUAUAUUUGUGAAUUACAUGGCGCAAAAGUCAUAUCAUUGUAAUAAACUGUCUGUGACAGUGAGACUAACAUGUUACCUGUCUGUAUUAUUCGUGUGUAUGCAGGCUAAGCUCCCUGAGCUGCAACCACGCCCUGUGUUUGGUGUGCAGACCCAGACAGAGAAUGAAGAGUUGGUGUGGAUGCCAGGGGUCAACGAUUGUGACCUCCUCAUGUACCUCAGAGCUGCUAGGUUAGUGUCAACUCAGCAGCACUCAAAUUAGCCUGGUUCCAGAUCUGUUUGUGCUGUAUACCCAACUCCUGUGGUUGUUGUUGGCUAUACAGCACAAACGGAACUGGGACCAGGCUACACUCAUACUGUAUCUCUUGUGUGAUGAAUGGCGCAUACGAUUCCUGCCAGAUUUAAAGACGGAUGGGAUGCAUUCAAAACCUUGGUGUCUGUCAGCGUUGCAUAACACUGGUGGUGAGAGUGAUGUGCAUUAUUAUGGUCAUUAAGUUGUGUGCGGAAAAGAACAUAAUUGUUUCAGCUUGAUGAGCAUAUCAAGAAAGUGUGACUGCUGCUGGUUUUUAGUUGUCAUUUAGUCUAAAGACUUGUCCUAUCAAAGUUCUUCUAGCUAGCCUGUCAGGUCAUUAUUGUUAAAGAUAAUGUCAUUUAAAAACGCUUCUGUAGGAGUCUGUAGUGUACAAUGUUUGUCAUGCUUGUCAUCCUGACUGACUGCACAGCCCUCCUAAUGUAUUUAUCUUCCCUGCCUCUUCCUGAUUGAAGGAGUAUGGCAGCGUUUGCAGGGAUGUGUGAUGGAGGAUCUACAGAGGACGGUUGUUUGGCGGCCUCUCGUGAUGAUACAACACUCAACGCUUUAAACAUGGUCAGCAGGAUACGUUUGCUGCAUUUAAAUGGGAAUAUAUUCAUUUUCACCUGUUUAAUUAAAUUUUUCUCGUUUUUCUUUUUAAAUGUAUUUGUUGUUUUUAAGAAAAAAAAUGGUAGAGAAAAUUUGAACAAUAUAUUGUUACGAAUAAGAUCUUGAACCCUUCUCAGUAUCUCUGUGUUCCUCUGUCUCCCUCUACAGUUACACGCCAGCCGUUACGACGCAGCUAAAGCUCUCCAGCGCCUAGUGAAGAAACCUGUGCCCAAACUCAUUGAGAAAUGUUGGUCAGAAGAUGAUGUGGUAAGGCAGCUUGUACCAUGCUUACUUCAGGUCCAAAGACAAUGUUUAACUUUAGGCACUACGGCCCGAUUUAGAGUUGAGAUGAGCGUUGUAACUCUGACUUUUGCAUAAAUCAUUCUUUGAUGUCAACGGAAGACUUGCGCAGAUAAUUGAGUUAAGUGUUCAAAUUUCAAGGCCGAAUAUAGCCCUAUGUGCUAUUAGGGCUGCUCGGUGGUUACUCCAAGCAACAAGGCUAUGCAUGUUCAGUAUGAAUUAUGGCCAUUGUGUAACAUAGACAACAGUGGAACAAUUUGAAACACAUUUACACUGCAUGGUAUAUUGCACAAGUCAUAUGUUUGGGAACUAUGUUGACUUUGUUUUGCUUCCCCGACAAUCUUUUUAAAAUCAACAGAAGCGGUUUAUCAAAGGUUUGAGACAGUAUGGCAAACAUUUCUUCAGGAUUCGCAAAGAGCUGCUGCCCAACAAGAAAACGGUAAAUGAAAAUACCUGGUGUUAUAUAUUUUAUUAUCAUACUGCCUCUCAUGUCUGUCUAGACAUAACGGACAGAUAUAAAUGGACAUAACUAUACACACAAUCAACAGACCUAACUGUUUGCAAUGCAGUCAGUGGUUCCCUGUAUCUUCAUUGGAUUCUGCAUUCUGUGCCCCUCCUCAAAAUCACACGUGUUGUGUUGUUGGCAGGGUGAGUUGAUCACAUUCUACUACCACUGGAAGAAGACGCCCGAGGCUGCAGGCACCCGGCCCUACCGUCAGCACCGUAGACAGCCAUCCUCACGCAAGGCCAAGACUCGCGCCGCCCUUGCCACUGUGAAUACCCCCUCCCGGUCCCAAUCCAGUGAGUGCCGGGGAUUUUCAAUUCCCCUAAGAUUGAGCUGGCUUUCCCGGACACAGAUUAAGACUAGUACUGGACUAAUUGUGCAUGCUUUUUAAUCCAGAAUGAGGCUUAAUCUGUGUGUAGAAACAGGCCCUUAGUGUUCUAUCUUCCAGUAACUGUAGAUAACACAAAAAUAUCUGUAUAGCACUUUGUGACAUCUGCUGAUGUAAAAAGGGCUUUAUAAAUACAUUUGAUUGAUUGAACUACUGCUGCUCUUUAAUUAUUUUUUAUUUUUUACUUAUCUAUUUUUUACUUCACUUAUUUUUCUUAAAACUGCAUUGUUGGUUAAGGGCUUAUAAGUAAGCAUUUCACUGUAAGGUCUACACCUGUUGUAUUCGGCGCAUGUGGCAUAGAACAUUUAAUUUAAUUUGAAUAGGAGUGGGUAUAGUCUUUAAUCUGAUCGCUUCUCUCACCUGCAGUGGAUGUGAGUUCGGCCAGUGACGACGAUCUGGACAGUGAAGACAGCGAGCAGGGCACCUGUGGACACUGUGCCACUACCAGUGAGUACAGCUGAACUCUCUCCCAUUUCUCUUCAGAGAAUACAACUAUGUUAUUCCCCCAUUGAUUCUAUUGGCUUGCAUUGAUGUAAUGUAUCGUACUUGCUCCACCAGCCACCAGUGCUCGUCAAUGGGUUCUGAUGCACUGUAUAUCUGUGUACUAUGUAGCUGUCAAAUCCAAUUUCUCCUUUCAGGAUCAAUACCGUUGAUUAAAUUAAAUGUAAUGCUUUAAAGGUCCAAUGCAGCUGUUUUUAUCUCAAUAUCAAAUCAUUUCUGAAUAACAGUUAAGUACUUUACUGUGAUUGUUUUCUAUUAAAAUGGUCAAAAAGAAACAAAAAUAGCUUUUUAGCAGAGAGCAAUUUCUCAAGCAAGAAUCUUGCAAGGACUGUCUGGGAGUGGUCCGAGUGGGGAGGGGAAAACUAGCUGUUACUGGCAGAGAGGUUUGGAACUCUCUUUCUUAUUGGUCUAUUAACUAAUUUACUGCCUGGUGAUAACUCCAUCCUACCAAAACAGGCUGAAAUUUCAGGCGGUCUUUUCAAACAGCUCUUACACUAAAACGGCAUUAUCAUCAUUUCCAUAAUUUGACAGUAUUAUUCCAACCUCAUAGUGUGGAAAUAUGUAUAAAACACAGGAAAAUGACUUAAUUUCAGCCUCUAAGGACUGGCAGCACGGAGGCAGGGAUAACAUCCUCUUGUGUACCACUUGUCGGACCUUCUUCAACAAACAUGGCCGCCUGCCGCCCGGCCCCAAGCCUGCUGACCCUCCCUUCAUGUUCAAACCUGUCAAAGAGGAAGAGGAGGGCAACGGGAAGCACGGCAUGAGGACGCGACGCAGCAGAGCACCGGUAAGGCUGAGAACCUCCCAUCUUAGCCCCAUAUAGUGUAUACCUCCCUGCCACCCUCACUCCUUUUUCUCAGUCAGUCAGGGAAAGAUAUUGAUGGUACUAUCUAUUGUUGUUAUAAUCAUUCUCUCUUUCAAUACUUACUCCAAGUUGUAUCUCUCUCCAGUUGUCUUCACUAAGAAGUGGCCACAAGAGGCGGACCGGCUCUCCUACCAGUGAAGACCAGCAGUCCAGUAGCCAUCCCUCUCCCGCCCCCAGUGGAGCUAGCUCCACCUCCAACACAUCCAGAAGCUCCUGCUCAGACAAGACAGACUCCUCAAAGAAGCCUGGCAAGGUACAUAUUAUUUUAAGUCAGGGAUAUAGAUUUGUAUGCACUGUAAUGGCGCAUUUGUGAAUUGGAAGUACGCUUCAUAUCAUAACCAACAUCUAGUUGUAUAUCUGCCAUUCAGACCAGGGCUUCCUCUUCAUCCAAAUACUUUUGACUGUGUUGUACGUACAUUGUAGAACUGAAUUGAAUAAGUGAAUGAUAUUCCUUCCAUCCAACAGAAGAUCAAGGAAGAGGCGCCCCUACCAAAGAGUACUAAACGUUCCAGGGAGAGUGCAGCCCAAGACCCAGAGGAGCCUGAGAGAACUCCAACUAAAAGGACCAAGACACAGCAGGUGAGACGGAGACGAAGACAGUAGUGAGGCAAUGACAGCUAAAAGGUUCAAGAUCAGAGCGAAGCAAAAUGUACAAAACCAGCUCUCAGAAAUGCUUUUGUUGCCUCAUUGUUCUUCAUUUAAUGUCUUAUCUUCCUUCACUGAGCUACAUUGUUGAGUGUGCCUAGAUCUAUCCAGUGCCUCUUUUCGUGUAACAUUAACAUGAUGAGAACUCCCCUCACCGACAAUUCUAAUCGUGUGUCAUUCCUCUCUGGGUGAACAGGUGGAGUGCCGGUCGGAGGGCGAUGGAGAGGCUGAGGCAGAGGGGGGUGAGGUGGAGGAGGAGUGCUGCUCAGACAGCCGCAGUGCCCAGGACGACGGCAGCAGCGACACCAAAGACAUCGACCAGGACAACCGCUCCUCCUCCCCCAGCAUCCCCAGCCCUCGCCAGGGCAAUGAGGGCAACGAGAGUGACUCCGACUCCUCUGCCCAGCAGCACCAGGUUGGCCACCAGGCGGCAGCAGAGACCGUCAGUGCCCCUGCUGCUGCUGCCCUGGCUGAAACACAGACCUCACAGACUGUUCUUCCACCACAGGCUGCAGUCUCGACCACAUUCCUGCCCCCCCAGGGCACCUCUCCCUCUGCAGAUCCUGGCCAGGUACAGGCCCAGGCACCCCCCUCCCCAGAGCCCCCCCAGCCUUCAGUAGCCUCUGCCCAGGCUGGUCAGUCAGCUGGCUAUGAGUCAGGCCCACCACACAGCCAACCCCCACCCCCCUCCUCUCACCCUAUCUCUGGCCCAUCACCCCUCCCUCCACCACUGGGACAGGCCUUUCAUCCUCCAUCUCCUGUGUUUCAGGGUCCUCUUCCUCCAACUGGCUCUCUUCCUCCCACCCAGCCCCUGCCCCUCCAUGGUGCUCCCACCCAGGGUCCCCGCCCCCAGCGACCCCCUCCUCACAUACCCAGGGAACCUCCCUUCUCCCAGGCCCUCCCGCUCACAUCUGGGCCCCAAAUCAAACCACCCCCAACCACCCCCAUCCCACCAUCGCACAAGCAGCAGCCACCGCACCUCUCCUCUGCUCCCCCUUUCCUCCAGAUGCCGUCCAACCUGCCCCCACCGCCAGCACUGAAGCCCCUCAACUCCCUGCCCAACCAGCACCCUCCUGGUGCCCCUCCACCCCCCCUCCAGCUCAUGCCCCAGUCCCUGCCUGUGCAGCAGGGACUCCCACCCCAGCCUCCUGUGCUCACUCAACUGCAGAACCUCCCUGGCAGAGGCAGUCACUCCCACUCAUCCCUGCCCUCCUCCUCUGGCCCCUUGGCCUUGCACCCUGUCCCCUCUGCCUCCUCUCCCUCUACCAUGGGUCCAGUCCCUGGUCUCCAGUCCUCCUUCUCCUCCCUGCCCCUGCGCCCCUCGUCUGGAAACCCCAUUGGCAUGGGAGGGUCAAAUGUCCAGAUUAAAGAAGAGCCAUUGGAUGAGUGUGAGGAGCCUGAGAGCCCGCCCCCUCCACCCAGAAGUCCCUCACCAGAACCUUUGGUUGUCAACAUCGCCAGCCAUGCCAGCCAAUCAGCACGGUACUUACUGCAUGACAUCACUCAUGACGGUCCUAUAGAAUAGGUCUCCUUUACAGAGUUAAUUGUGGCCAUAUUGUUGACCACCUUGUGGUGUUGUUUCUCGAAGGAUAACAGAUGUUGUUCUUCUGAGUUACCUACAUUCUCAAACAUAUUGUUGUGUGAUUGCUAAAUAUGCUGUUUUGAUACAUGUCCAUUGUUAUUCAUUUCAGGUUUAUCAAAUACCUGGACCGUGGCUACAACUCGUGCUCCAGAACAGACCUGUUCUUCACCCCUCUGUCCUCAUCCAAGCUGGCCAAGAAGAGAGAGGAGGCUGUGGAGAGAUCCAAGAGAGAGGCUGAGCACAACGCCCGAGAGAGAGAGAGGGAGAAGGACAGGGAGAGAGAGCGGGAGAGGGAACGAGAGAGGCAGGAAGACAAAAAUGCUGUGAGUAAUAUGUUGUGCUAUUCCUACUAUUCCUUUUUUUCUUUGACAUAAAGAAAGUGUUCAGAAGGGAAACCCGAGUGUGGUGCCAUUAGCGGAUAUUGCACCAAUUGGAAUCACACUCUAUUUACAUGCAGUCUAUUUAAGUCGACCGGUUUUACACAUGCCAGAUCGCUGGUGUCUCUUUCUGCUAUUACUUGCUAUGCUUGCUGUGUUCUGAUUUCUGUGCUUCUUCUUCCAGGGGAUUUGAUAGAGCAUAUUGUGCUCACUGCUCUGGCACUGAGCUACCUGAAGGAGCAGAGCCUAUCGUUUCCUUUCUGAACUGACAUGUCUUACCAUCUUGUAUUUCAGCAAUGUUAUCAAUUAUAUUAUUAUAUAGUACAACAACGUUAACAGUUAAUGAUGCCUGAAGGGCUCUAUACAUUGUUUUCUCGCAAAUUUGAACAACCUAAAUGUCCCUCUUCCUCUUCCAGAGAGCGUCCUGCUCGUCCCAUGACAGCCGUAUGAGUGAUGUCCAGAUGACUGGCCAGGUCCACAUGCGUUCCUCCUUCGAGCAGCCCCCCACCAGCGUGGCGGCUGUCCCCCCUUACAUCGGACCCGACACCCCGGCCCUGCGCACCCUUAGUGAGUACGCCCGACCCCACGUCAUGUCCCCCACCAACCGCAACCACCCCUUCUUCGUGUCCCUGUCCCCCGGGGACCCCCUGCUGGCCUACCACAUGCCCGGCCUGUACGCCGCUGACCCCAGCAUGCGAGAGAGGGAGCUCCGCAACCUCAGAGAGAGGGAGCUCCGUGAGAGGAUGAAGCCCGGCUUCGAGGUCAAACCCCCGGAGAUGGAGAACAUGCAUCCAUCAGCCAACCCCAUGGAGCACUUUGCCCGACAUGGAGCCCUGGCCCUGCCCCACAUCGCUGGGCCACCCCACCACCCCUUUGGCCACUUCCAUCCGGCCAUGCAGAACCACCUGGAGAGGGAGAGGCAGGCGCUGGCCCUGGCCGGGCCCCAGAUGCGUCCGGAGCUGAGCUACGCUGAGCGGCUGACUGCUGAGAGGCUCCAUGCAGAGAGGAUGGCGUCUGUGGCUAACGACCCGGCCGCCAGGCUGCAGAUGCUGAAUGUGACGCCGCAUCACCACCAGCACUCCCACAUCCACUCACACCUACACCUGCACCAGCAGGACCCACUCAACCAAGGUGAGGGUAAGGACACUUCUAUGUUUUUUUCUAUCUUGCUUUUGUUUCAUCUUCAGGAUAUGUAUGUACGUAUGUGUACUGUGUAUUCACAAAUCGAUUCUUGAUUUUGUUCUGUCAUCUAAGACAACCAUUUUUAAAAACUUUUUUUUAAAGCACAGAAUGAAGUGGUAAUAGUUUUUCAACAUCUAUGGUGAGGGCAGCUUAAGGACCAGGCACUGCUACUAGCUAGCUAUCUUAAUAAAAUAAUAUAUUCAUUCUUAUUUCAUGUUUGAUAUUCUUAUGUAUUGUUGAGAGAGGAUGCCUCUCCUCACUGUUACUGUGUCUACCUACCAGUGUAGCUGUCAGUUGGGAUGCGUGUAUUGCUCAUCCCCCUGCCCCAUGUUAACUGAUGUGUGUGAUAUGUGUUAAUUUAUAUACUGUUUGUUCUCCUGCUUCAUUAGAUGAUGUGUGUUACUGUCACCCAGGUAAUGGCCCCCACCCUCUGGAUCCCCUGGCUCCAGGGCCCCGGCUGGCCCGCUUCCCCUUCCCUGGAGGCCCCAUCCCCAACCCUCUGCUCAACGACCUGCCCCACGACCAUGACAUGCUGCGACACCCACUGUUUGGUGAGGAACCUCAACCUAAACCUUGACUGUUUAUAUGGGAACACACACAUUCAAUUCAAUUUAGACUAUAUUUCUGUGUGAUUGUGUGUUGACUGAUACUCACUCUGAGGUUUUGUGCCCCUUGAUCAACAUCCAAACAGCUUAUGCUGCUGUUGCAGGAGCAGGGUACCCCCGUGAGCUCCAGGGCCCCAUCCCCCAGAUGUCUGCAGCCCACCAGCUCCAGGCCAUGCACGCCCAGUCAGCAGAGCUGCAGAGGCUGGCCAUGGAGCAGCAGUGGCUGCACGGACACCACCACUUACAACAUGGGGGGCAUCUGCCCGGGCAGGAGGAUUACUACAGGUGAGGUGAUUACCACCUCGAAAAACAACCAACAACAACAGUUUACCUUAAUCACAGUGCUUUCAUUUAUGCAUUUAUUGAGAAAUCCAAUCACUAGACAAAGUUGGAUCUUGAUUAUUGAGGAGUUAAUAUUUUAUUUUGUUUACCUGAACACAGUGAAUACUUUAAAGAGCCAAUGCUUUUAUUUAUGUAUCAGCAUUUAUUGAGAACUUAAAUCACUAGACAAAAGUAGGAUUUUGGUUUAUUGAUGAGCUAUUGCACUGACAUUAAUAUUUUAUUAUUGUUGUUUUCCACCACAGCCGUCUGAAGAAAGAAGGUGACAAGCCAUCG